AGAGACAGAGUGAGAGAGUGAGAGAAGCAAACCAGGAUGAACAGCCAGAUGUCUCCCUAGUCUGUGAGUUUUGUCGCAGUGGAAUAGACGUGCACUUUUAUUGUCAAUGCUUGUACUGCUCGCCAUUGUAUGGGAUUAUAAACGGUCUAUUUUAGAUUUGUAAACGUGUAGCAAGAUGUCAAAAGGCGUCUGGAGGAAGCGCGCCCUCUCCACGACUGGAGAAGCCUUGUUCACCUGCCUCGUGAUGAUGUUUCUUCUCGUCGCCGUUCUCAAACACCGGGGGACUCUCGUGGAGGAAGGUUCCACCGGGAGAGAGUUCGGGACUCGCUCCCUGCAAAGUUUAAACAGCAUGAAUAAUAAUGACAAAACUGUUAACCAAGCUCCAGCCGAGGAUCGGGUCGGGGAGAAAUGUCAGGCUACCCAGGUCAAGGGUUUCUCAGCGUACUUCAGUGAGUUGAGUCGGGGGAAGCGGGCGGUGGAGCACAGAGCGGUGAAGGCUAGUGAUCCUACACCGGUGGAGGAGCUCAGUCCGGCGGAUGUGUUCAUAGCGGUGAAAACCACCAAGAAAUACCACCACACCAGGCUGGACCUACUGCUGGACACGUGGAUCUCUACAAACAUGCUACAGACGUACGUAUUCACCGACGGAGAGGAUGACAGGCUGAGGAAGAGGAUGGGGAGUCACAUGAUCAAUACUAACUGUUCAGCGGCCCACAGUCGCCAGGCUCUGUCCUGUAAAAUGGCCGUUGAAUACGACACCUUCAUCAGCUCUGGCAAGAAGUAA